UAAAAAACAAUAAAAUUGAUAUACAUUAGUAGUUUUUUCCAACGUCUUUUGCAUCCGUCUUUAAAUCAAGAUCAAAUUUGAUCAUCAGUAUAAAGUAUUAAAUAAUUUUGGGGACUCAAACCCUUUAAAUGCCUAUUUAAGUGCAUUAAAAUGAUAAAAACACAUUUUUUUAUAUGUAAUACAUGCAGUUGAACUGUUGAAUUGAAAUAUUUAUUGAGAAACAACUUUAAUUCAUACGCUUUAUUUAUUUGUUACUUUUUUGUGGCAGGUGGGCAAAAUUGGAAUGCAACAUAUUUUUUUCAUUUUAGGAGUUUAAUUAAAUGUUAAAAUAGAGACCUUAUAGAAAUUAAUUUUUAAAUAGUGACUCCAGAAUGAAGACCUGAUACCAUAAAAUGUUUUUUUUCCUGUGAUGGUUGGAGGUCUUAUAUUGUUUUUUGAAUGGGUUUCAAUGGGCAUUUUUGGUCACGAACACCCUCAGUGUAAACAUAAGUGUACAGAGCUUAUUAAUGGCCUGUUAUAGGUUCUGAUAUUAAAAUUUCAAAAUUCUUUUGAAAUAAACUUACCAUCCAAGAUUUAUGUUGGUAUCAUUAACACAUUCAAAUCACAAGCACCCACCACCUGUCAAAAGCCAAUGUUUGGCACAGAGUCGAGUGAAUUGCUCCAAAUUGCUGAUUUUACAACUCAUGCUUUAAAUAUUUUCACUUUUGUCUUGUUGGGGCAUGACUAGACCUGGGGUCCCUAAGGGCCUCCAUGCUGCAUACUCACUGAUAUCAGAGGAUCUUCAGAGAAACAGCAGCUGUUUAAGGUGCAGAUUGAAAGAGUGAAAGCAAAGACAGUGCACACUUAAGGCUGAGGAAAUGGAGUUCAGGACUUUGCUUCUGCUGACUCUCCUGGGGUUUUCACUCGUGGAGUCAGGGCUUGGACAGAGAGGUGACGAGGACAUAUACGAAUGGCUGACAGCCAAAACGGAGUUAAUUAAAAAGUUGGAGGACAAAGUGAAAAAUGUAGAGAGAUGGCAGAGUGAGGUGGAAGCUCUGGAGGCCAGGCUCAAUAAGACUGUGGACGAGCUGACGAGACAGGAGGCUGAGGUGGAAAAACUGAACAAGGACAAUGAAGCCCUGCAAAGGAGACUGAAUGCCACAGAGAAGGAGCUGGAUGAGCUAAAACAGACCAGCAGUAAAGGUGUACCUCGGGUGGCAUUCUCCGCCUCUUUGGCAAGCUUUGGAGAGAUUUAUAAAGGACCGUGCACAGACAAGACUCUGAUUUUCAAACGGAUCUUCUCAAACGUUGGAAAUGGUUAUGAUGAAAACACAGGAGUCUUCACAGCACCAGUGGACGGCUUCUACUUCUUCAGCUUCACCACCUAUGGCUACAACACUCAUGUAACCGGGGCGAUACUAUUAAAGAACAACUCCCGUCAUAUCUCAACCUACGAGUUCCCCUCUGACGACGGAUCAGACACUAGCAGCAACUCUGUUGUUCUGCAGCUGGCUGCCAGUGAUGCGGUGCACAUGGAGCUGUGGGACGACGGCAGAGUGUUUGACAACCUGAAUGGACACACCACCUUCAGCGGUUUCCUGGUCUUUCCAAAAUAA